AUGGAGCUCCAAACGUCGCAGCCAAUGGACGAGACGCGCCGCCGACUGCAGUCGAUCGAAGCCAACGUCCGCAUCGUGCAGGACACUCUCCGCGACCGCUUACCCGCUCAGUACCGCCACGUAGCGGCCAUUGUCUGCGGGUCCAAGUGGCGACUGCAGACGUUUCGGUCGCUGGAAACGGCGGCAGCGAUCGUCAAGAGAGCGCGCGUCGAACUCGGGGCCUUUGACUACCGCGUGAAGGAGCAGGCGGAGCUGUUGACGCGGUCGUUGCUGGAGCUGGACGACGUCUUGAGCUACGGAGACGGACAGAUCAAGAGCGCGCGCAAGACGCUGGUGGUGUUUAUCCAGCAGCAGCUGCUGCCUCUGGCCGAUGCCUGGAAGGACCGCAGUGCGAGGCUGAAGGCGUUUGGGGAGCUUGUACUUACUCGAGUGCGGCCGCUCUCUGGGCGCGCGGACUCGACGCUCGGCGAACAGAGCGACGUCGAGUCGGACGGUAUGCACGUGUCGAGUCUCUUUGGUCAAGAGAGCGACGGUCAAGAGAGCGACGACGGAGAGAAGGAGAGCGGAGAAGAGAGGAAAGAAGAGGAACAAGAAGGAGAGGAGGACGAAGAAGAAGAAGAAGAAGAGGACGACGAAGAGGAGGGGGAGGAAGACGACGACGAAGAAGAAGAGGAAGAGGUGGACGACGAAGAGAAGGAGGACAGAGAAGAAGAAGACGAAGACAUGGACGAGGAUGUUGACGCCAAGGAGGAGGUUGAGUCGUCUGUUGCUUUGGCAGCCAGUGGCAAAACUGAUAGCAAGGACGAGGAAACACUCACGGGCGCACCGCAAAUGUCACCGCCACUCGAGUCGGCUCCAGCGACUUGUCCGAGUCAAGACGUUGACGUCCAGUCGCUACCUGUAUGGCGGCCGUACUACCAGCUCCAGCGCCGACAGGAUGGCGUGUACCUGAUCGCACGACUCAACCACAUUGAUCCGCGCAACGUGCGCGUGCAGUGGAACGCCCACAGUGGAGUGCUUCGGGUGAGUGGCUUCCGACUUCCGACGCAGAAAGAUGUGGUCAUGUCGCGUCUCAGCGGUGCCCCGACGUUCGGACGCUUUGAGAUCACUGAGCAGUUUCCACGGAAUAUGCUCAACAUGGACGAAGCGACGCAGCAGAUCUCAGAGACCGGUGUCUUGCAGAUUCGCAUGCCGUUCUAUGUGGCGCCACACCCGCUGCGGUAUCGUCCAGCGUCGUUUUACCAGCCGCAAGACUGCUUUGUGUGGUAG